GAGGCACGGAGGCACAGCGGUGUGUAUAAUGCCGCACCCGAGCGCGGUUAUUUCCGCAGUCGCCGCCGGCGCUUCAUCGCCAAAUUACGAGGGAGGAGCGAGCGUGUCUGUCGCCUCGCCAGUUAACUGAAUUAUUCAGCGUUUUAUAGUUCGCAGCGCGUGGGGUGUUGGUGGGGUGGUGGUGGCACGCCUGACAGCAGUCCAGUGCCGCCACAACUUCGCAGUGCAUCGCUCCAUAUCUCUCUUCCUCACACAACACCUCGUUAUCAGUAGCCGCCCUCGGGGAUCUCGUUCGCUUCAGGUUACCUCAAGAAGUUCCUCUAUGCCCGUCGCCCCGCGUGGUACCCAAUGUCUGGUGAUGCAGUGACCGGCGCUACCACGCUGCAGGGCCAACUAUGACGGCCAAACUGUCCUCACCAAGUGACAGGAACAACAACAGCCAAUCAGAGGCUCUCGUUGGACAAGAGGCGAGCUCUUCGACCAAUAGGAGUGCGACGAGGAAGUCUACGGGCACGGCCUGUAAGAGUUCUGCAGGAAAGAAGUCUUCUGGUAAAGUGGGAUCUUCCCUGCCUCUAGUGGCAGCUGUUGGCAUCUCCAAGGACGGCCGCAGGGCCAACAAGCCACUAAUGGAGAAGCGACGCAGAGCUCGUAUCAACCAAUCACUGGCAGUGCUCAAAGCCCUCAUACUUGACUCUGCCAAGAUGGAGAACACAAAACACUCUAAGCUGGAGAAAGCAGACAUCUUGGAAUUGACUGUUCGCCAUCUUCAGCGGCAAAAGACACUUAGCUGUGGGACGCUGGACAAGUAUAAGGCCGGAUUCCAGGAGUGUGCUCGAGAGGUGACAAGGUUUCUGGAUACACCGGAACUACAGCUGGGCCCCACAGCCCCGCUAGCCCCAGGGCCCCCGCUGAUAGACACCGGCAUCAAACAGAGACUUUUACGCCACAUGGACUCUUGUUUGUCAGAAAUCGACCUGGACUUCAGCCUAGCGACCAUGAGAACUUCCCUGGACUCUGAAACAGACCAGAGGCUAGACAGGCUGGAGGAAAUGCUCAUGGGAGGACCAAAAGUUCAGACUCCAGUAGACAACGAAGAAAUGACAAAACCUGACAGCAGCACAACCUCGCCUGGAGAUGAGAACAACAACAGCCACAACAAGGCUCGACGGAAGCCACCGACAGCGACGCGGCUACGCAAACCUGACAAGAAACCUGUUGUCACCUCGACCAAGGCAAAUGAACCUGCCUCAACCUCCUCUAGUCAACCUAACCUCUCAGUGGUGCAGGUCAUACCCUCCAGACUACCAGAUGGCCAGGUAGUGUUCCUGUUGCCCAGCACCUAUGUCGCCACAAAGACCGACCAAGACUGCCCGCUAGACUUCAGCGUCAAGAGAGAAGACGAACCCAUCACCAUCAAACAGGAGGUCCAAGCCAAAGACGAAGAUGUCUGGAGGCCAUGGUAGAUGGACUGUAGUCAUCGUUGUGUAAGCUACCAGUAAAUGUAAACGCAUAAAACUCCCCGUAAAAUAAUCAUUCUUCAAACCAAUAUUUGACUUUGGAAACUGUCAGUUUUGUGAUUAAUAAAAAUCUUUUGACAGGUGUUGUCAACAAAGAAUUUUUAACAUUUUUUGAAAACUCUGGUGCAAACGUGGCUUUAAAAAAAUGUAACGGUUUACAAUCCCUCCUGGAAAGCAAAAUUUCUGUUGCAAACACAGAAAAACUGUUGAAAAAACAUUUUUACCAAACUGAAGUUGUCAGUUUGUCGUUGUAAAUACGACUUGGCUAGAAUUAUGAAUUUUUCUAAAUAAGAACAUCAGUAAUUGUAUGAAUAACUGUGAAUAUCUAUGAUUUACAAUCACAAAAAACUUGAGUUUAUUGAUUUGAAGUUUGAAAGUAGUUUUUGAUCCUUGAAGUGCAAUAUAACUAUCAGUAAGUUGGAUAAUUCUCUACAAUUUAAUUAGUAAAUCACUAAACUUUGCAUAUGAAGCUUUGUUCUGACUAAGAUAAACAGGUUUUUAGCCAUUUCCAUUAAAAACCUGAUGAACAUUAAACAAGGACAGCCAAAUCCAGUUUUGAAUCAUUAAAAUGAGCUAAUGACAUAUCAGGAUUGAAUUGGCAAACCUUUGAUUAUUAUAAUCUGUCAGUUAUUUGUAAUCCAAACAAUAAGAGUAGAAAUAAUCACAAAGGGGAGUUUUUAGCAGAGUAAAUAAAACAUGUUAGAGUUACAAAACAACCCAAAUUAUUUCAACAACUUAAUUAGGUAACAGUUUUCCAAAGUCAAAUCCAGCGCUCUACCGUGAGAUCAGACUAGAAAAAUUAAAAACUAAAUAAUGUGUAAAACAUAUACUUCACGGCUAUUCUUUACAUUACUUUAAUAAUGACAAUCAUAAAUAGUAUUUCAGAUUAUAGAACUCCAAUCAAGUAUAAUUUUUUUACUUAAUUAAAAAAUAACAAAUUGAAAAAAUUGUGUUGAAAAUAUUCUACAUCAAUACCAUGUAAAGUUUUUUCUUCUAUUACAAUUAUUAUGCUAAUGAAAUUUUGCGAUAAGGCACAAAAAUAUAUAGGAUAUUGAUACUGUACAGUAUACAACUUUAUAAUCAAAACACUGUGAUAUUUAUUUAUUUUGUUGUUAAGGGUUUUCUUAUAUUAUUUUUUAUGUUAUGUGUUUACCAAAUAGGUAG